CCACAGCUGCAGAGCCUUGGCCUGAAAAUGCUGCAUUGUAUCAGCAACUGAAGGAGGAUCAGAUUUUGCUUUCUGAUAAUGCAUCUUCCCUUGCUGUUCAGUAUUGCGCAAGUGCUCUUAGAAGUGCUGCUGAAUAAGGGAUGGCUUGGAAUGGCUCGUUCCUUAUUAAAAACUAAUCAUGAAUAUAUCUUCUUCAAAUGAAGCCUGGAGCGUGCCAUCUGAAAAUAGUAUUCCUCAUGUGGGGAUAGGAGAGCAGGAAAUUUAAUGCUGUUCUUUGGAAUUACAAGCAUCUUUGCAAGUCAACUUGAAGGCAAUCCAAUGGACCAUGAGUUUAAGCUGGAUCAGGAAAUGGAUACUGGCCUACUUCUCUAGGCCUUUUUGCAAAUGUGCAAUCUGCCAAUCCGGGUGGUUUGCAGGGCAAAUGCCGAGUACAUGUCCCCAUCUGGCAAAGUACCCUUUAUUCAUGUGGGAAAUCAAGUAGUAUCUGAACUUGGGCCCAUAGUCCAGUUUGUAAAAGCCAAGGGCCAUUCUCUCAGUGAUGGGUUGGAUGAAGUCCAAAAAGCUGAGAUGAAAGCCUACAUGGAAUUAGUCAAUAAUAUGCUCUUGACAGCAGAGCUAUAUCUCCAAUGGUGUGAUGAUGUUACAGCAGAGGAGAUUACUCACCCGAGGUAUGGCUCCCCUUACCCGUGGCCUCUUAACCGCAUUUUGUCCUAUCAGAAGCAAUGGGAGGUAAGGCGAAAGAUGAAAGCCAUUGGAUGGGCUGGCAAGACACUUGAACAGGUGCUUGAAGAUGUAGAUCAGUGUUGUCAGGCUCUCUCCCAGAGAUUAGGAACACAACCGUAUUUCUUCAAUAAGCAACCAACUGAAUUAGAUGCUCUGGUAUUUGGACAUCUGUUCACAAUCCUUACUACUCAACUAAUCACUGAUGAACUCUCUGAAAAAGUGAAAAACUACAGUAAUCUCACAGCCUUUUGUCGGCGAAUAGAGCAGCAGUACUUUUUGGGUCAUGAUAAAGACAGCUCUGCAACUGUUGCAGCCCGAUCUGCUAAGAGGUCCUUACUGAGAUAGGCGUGUUGGUUGGUGGUUGGAGUGGAUUGCUUGCCAGUUCUGGGUUGUUUUGUUCAAUGGAUUGAUUUUGAGAAUGGAAAUGUGUGUUAGCUUUUUGAAGCUGCCAAAUCAUCUUGGAGCAAGAAGAAACUCUAAAUGCAGUUCUUGUGUUGUAGAAUAUAUCGUGCACAUUUAACCUGAAAUAACUGUAUGGGCACUUCCAUUUCAAUUGCCUGUAUGCCACUUACUCUAAAGUGACCUUGGAAAAAUAUUGUAUCCAUAUUAAAGAAAAUAAAAUCCUUUAAAAAGUU